AUGGGAACAAUGUUUGGUUCCGUGGAAGACUGUGGAGAGAUGUUUCAAGACACUAUUGUUCAGACAGGAGGCGCAUCACUUUCUUCAACAACUCAAAUUGGAAAUCCUGUUGUGUACAAGCUUGUUCGGGUUGGACGAGAUGGGAGACUAGUUCCUGCAACCGAUGAAGAACUGUUGGAGGUCGAGUACUUGCUUCGGAACAACGAGAAUGAUACGUCUACUGUACCAGAUCCUGGACAGACUCCCGAUGAAGGGUCACCUUCUCAGUUUCUGCAGCUAGAAAGUUUAGAAGGCCUGUAUCAGUCGGAAACUGCAGAAGUAUAUACAGAAAAAUUGAAUCCUCGACUUGAGUCUAAAGAGGAGUUGAUGUAUGGUUCUCAGAUGCUUUUUACUCUUCCGGAUACCAACUAUCAAAGUUCCAAUGAGUUGCCUGGGAACGAGGAACUAGUCCAAUCCGAAGUUUUGCUGCAGGAACCUAUUCGUUCUUCAUCAAAUGGAUGCAGUAUGGAUCAAUCUAUGGAUGCGUCACCAUACUCAAAUGUUACAGGUAGUCCUGAAGCAACUGCUGCCCCAAAACCUGGAUUUUCUAGAGACUCAGGCAAAACAUGCUUGAAUAACCUUUCGAUUAAAGCGUUGCAAGAAACAUUCAGAGCCACGUUUGGUCGUGAAACUACUUGCAAGGACAAACGAUGGCUCAAAAGAAGGAUCACGAUGGGACUGAUUAAUUCUUGUGUUAUUCCAGCAACUAGCCUGGAAGUUAAUGAUAACAAACUGAUUGGUGGAGGCCAAAAUAACAAUAAUGAUACUAUUGGUGCUUUUUGCAAUGAUACGGUUGAUGAAGGAAGGGCUAACAACUGCAAUGAUACACCAUCUAGUCCUGAUUGCAUAAAGGGACAUUCAAAUGAUUUUGGGGAUAGUCCUGUUGAAAUUUUUGUGGACCAUUAUUCUGGAAAUGAAGAUUUUGAAGGUGAAUCUGCGAAGAGAGUUAGAAAGCCUACAAGGAGAUAUAUUGAAGAAGUUUCAGAAGUCGAUGAAAAACAGCAAAGUAACGAGUCACUGGUACCUUCAAAAGAUGAUAAGUCUCUUAGCGCCGUUUCUUCAGGAGGGAGAGUUGUUGUCACCAGGAUGGUAUCCCUUGCUGGUUCCAGAAUCCAGGUUCCCUAUGUUUCUCACGUGAGGAGAAGCCGUCCGAGGGAAAACAUAACGGCUCUUGGGGAAUUUCAUUCCAGUUCUUGGAAGGUGAAAGGUACUCCAGAAGAGAGUAAGCUGAAUCUAAGGCUAUCUCAGUUGAACUAUGACGUGAACCGAGUUUCAGGUGUCAAGUCUGUGCCUGGACCUGGCCAGAAAGAAUUAGCUAUUAAUCAUCAGAGCGACAAGGACUUUGCAAGACCUAAUCUCUCUGAGGUGGCUCAAGACGCCAUGGAGGCAGAGCAUAUAGACUGUUCAUCUGGAGAUAGCUCGGAUGAUGAUAAUGAUCGCGUUGAUCGACCAGUCAUGCGAAGUGUAAGUAGAAGGAAGCAUCAUCGAGCUUGGACCGUCUCUGAAGUUAUAAAACUAGUGGAAGGUGUGUCCAAAUAUGGAGUUGGGAAAUGGUCUGAGAUCAAAAGGCUUUCAUUUUCGUCAUUCGCGUAUCGUACCUCAGUGGAUCUCAAGGACAAAUGGCGAAAUCUACUGAAAGCAAGCUUUUCUCAGAAUCCUUCAAAGAGAAUGGGAAGCCUGAAGAAAUACGGGUCGACGGUUAUUCCUAGUCAGGUUCUGUUGCAGGUUAGAGAGCUUGCUCAGAAGCAAUCACUGGUUUCACCGGCAAACGAUGGUAGAAGGGUGAAGGAAUCAAGAAACGGUUUCUUGUAG